AUUAAUUGUGUUUAAUUUCAAUUGACAACAUCUAAUUGAUAUCGGUAAUAAAUAGUUAGAUUUGACUGAUAAGAGGCAGGUGCGUUGUAUGUAUUUAGAUGAGUAAACAUUACUGACUAUUUCACACUUUUUCGGUCAUUAAAUAUAGGUAUAUUGUGCGUGUAAAAAAAGAUUCCGUUUCACAUAGACGUUAUGAGUCGAUAAAUUUGGAAACAAUUGCAAAAUUUCUUUUAUCGAUCUAGCCAAAUAUUAGACUUGAUAAAAAUGAAAUUAAUUAACGUUAAUUUAUAAUUUCUCUUCAAUCUAUUGAUUUAUCGAUUGUUAGGAGUUUGAAUUCAUGUUACGUAAGAGAUACAGAAGAUGAAAUAUGACGGGAAUCAUACUGGUCAAUUUAUUUGGCACAAGAGAUUUUUUAAUUGAACUAUUUUUUCGAUGCAUCUCUUUAAUUCGAAAGGAAUUGAUGAGAAUGUAUGUCACUAGAUUGUACCGUUAUAAGGCCAUAAAUGUCAGUACCGAUGAAAAGAAAGAUAUGCACGAUCGGGUAAACAAAAUGAUCAGGGGCUAUCCAAAUCAGUUGCAAGCUAUUGAACGUACCAUCACGUUUCAGAGUCUUGAGAAAAGUGGUCUUGUUAGAGACGUAACGUCUGUCGAUCGAGAGAAUAAAAAUUCAAGUGAGGACGUGGGUGAUCGCGUUGCUGAUAAGCUCGUAGACACAGAAAAUAACCAGCCAAGUGAACAACCCAUUGGGAAUUCAAGGCAGAUUGCACGCAAUCGACUUAAUCAAUUUCAUUACAGUGUAAGCAAUAACAACAACAAUGAUAGCAGUGAUAAUAUUAAAAAUAAAUCGCAUAAUUAUCCAAAUGAGUUAAUAAGUUUCUUUAAUAAGGAGAAUUUUAAACAUUGGAAUCAUCGCGAUAACAAACGAAAAGAUCUCGAUACCCAGGAAGUUAUUUUCCCAGAAGAAUUAAUAUUUAGUAUAUUCGAUGAAACCAAAAUUAAAAAUAAAACUCAUGAUAAGACAUUUGUACCGGUGAUGCCUCCUGAGUGUCAUGGACGGACGUUCUGUGAUUAUGCACCAGAUUACCCAGAAGAUAUUAUCGAAAACUUGAAGGACGAUAUCUUCUUGCAACAAUUUGCAACUGAAGGAGAACCUACGACAGUAGCCCAACGUAUGUCCGACAGUGGAAAUUUUGACGGAAAAACAAAUCUUUGCAAUUCAACGGUUGAACCGAACAUUCCAAAAAUAGGAAUGACCUGCGACGGUCAGUACAAAUAUAUUUUACAAGUCGGACAUUUGAAGCAAUGGUUCGAUUCCGAAGUCUGCCUGCAGGAAAAUGGAUCAUGCAAUGACUUUCUUCCUUGGCUACCGGAAGGCUACUCUACAACUUGUGUGCAAAAGUUUAUCAGGCGUAAAUUUGUCAAUUUAUCACAUAAGGGUGAAGUAGAAGUAAGUUGGUUCAAUAUAAAGUCGAGUUGUAGCUGCCAUUACUACCACGACUUGAAUCGCACUAAUUAAUUUAUUAUUUCGUAAUAAAUAGGUUUUUAUAAUGGAUCGUAGAUACUUUUAUAAAAACUGUUAUUAUAGUUGAAAGCUUGUGAUUGUUUCAAUUUUUGAAUCAAUCGAUGAAAAGCUCUUCGGUUGUUCCAAAAUUUUGACAAGUAGUUUCGAAAAAUUAAACUAAAAUGUCAUAUGUGGGUGUGUUAUAACAUGUCAGAAAUUAUGUGUAGACAUAAUAGCAAAUUUUUUCAAGGUUCAUUAUCAUUAGAAGGAGCAAUCCGAGUAAAGUGAAAUUCAAAAACACACGGUGUUUUUAAAGCGGACGUUAAUACUAUGCAGAGAAAAUCAAACAACGAUGCUAAGUGAUUUUUUUCUGUUACACUAAACUUUUAUUACUCUUUAUCACGGUAUGCUUUUAAGCGAUUAAAAUAGUCGAAAGAUGGUAGACAGAUUAGUUGAUAUAAUAAAGCGCAUUUGAUAGAAGGAAAGCGUUUGGUAUUUUGAUAUUAGAAAAAUUUAUUUAAUAUUGUGAUAUGAUAAUUUGUAUGAAAUUGUAUUUAUUAAUGCUGUAAAA